AUGGAGGCUCAAGGUCAAGGCCACGGUCAAGGCCAGGAACUAAAGUCAAUGUCCAUCGAUCCCUCGCCCGAUGCAGAGGGCGAACCCGAAACAGAGGAAGUGGCAGACUUGAGCAGUGUUCGUCACAGUCAGCGCCAUGAAGACCAUCUGCUGCGACGGUUGGGCAAGAGGCCGGUCCUGAAGCGAACGUUUGGUUUUAUGAGCAUUCUCGGCUUCAGCUGCACCAUUCUCGUCACUUGGGAGGGCUCCAUGGUUGGAGGGCCUGCCGGCGUCAUCUACAGCUACCUCUUCGUCUGGGCCGGCACGUUCGCUACCUUCACCACCAUGGGUGAGCUGGCUUCCAUGGCGCCCACGUCCGGCGGCCAGUACCAUUGGACCUCGAUGCUGGCGCCUCGCGCUGCUCACAAGUUCUACAGCUACCUGGCUGAUGCUGACAAGCCAGGCUGGCUCACCGUGCUGGGCUGGCAGGCCGCCGUCGCCUCGAGCGCCUACCUAUCUGGCUCGCUCAUCCAGGGCCUCGUCGUGCUGGCCGACGCGUCGUACUCGCCGCAGCCCUGGCAGACGACGCUCGUCAUCUGGGCCGUCGUCGGCUUCGGCGUCCUGAUCAACGUCGCCGUCAGCGGCCUACUGCCCAAGUUCGAAGGCGUCAUCCUCAUCAUCCACCUGCUCGGCUUCUUCGCCGUCCUGAUCCCGCUCGUCUAUAUGGGCGACCACAACUCGGCCGCGUUUGUCUUCACCACCUUCAUCAACGGCGGAAACUGGCAGACGCAGGGCCUGUCGUUCUGUGUCGGCAUCGUCGGCAGCAUGUUUGCCUUUAUGGGCGCUGAUGCUGCCGUUCACAUGUCCGAGGAAAUCCGCCACGCGUCUGUCAUGGUCCCCCGAUCCAUCCUCACCAGCCUCGUCCUCAACGGCACCCUCGGCUUCGCCAUGAUCCUGGCCACGCUGUUCGUGCUCACCAACGUCGACGCCGCCAUGGACUCGCCCACCGGCUACCCCUUCAUGGAGAUCUUCUACCAGGCGACGCAUUCGCGCGGCGGGAGCACCGUCAUGGCCGCCAUCGUUACGGCCAUGAUGGUCACCGCCACCGUCGGCGCAAUCGCGUCGUCGUCGCGCAUGAUCUGGUCGUUUGCGCGGGACCGCGGCAUGCCGGGAUGGAGGGUCCUGAGUAAGGUCGACCCUCGAACAGCCAUCCCCAUGUACGCCGUCGCCGUCGCCACCGUCGUCGGCUGUCUGCUGGCGCUGAUCGUCAUCGGCUCAGAGACGGUGUUCAACGACGUCAUCUCGCUAUCCGUCAGCAGCCUGUACACAUCGUACCUGCUGUGCGCAUGCCUGCUGCUCUACCGGCGGUGCACGGGGGGCAUCCUCUCCGAGACGACGGAGGUAGUGCACGCCGUGCGCAACACGGCCGGCGCGCAACUCGUCUGGGGGCCCUUCCACGUCCUGGGCAUCUGGGGCGUCUUCGUCAACUCCUUCGCCGUCGUGUACUUAGUCAUCGGCGUGUUUUUCAGCCUGUGGCCGCCAGACCGGUUCGUGACGCCGUCGACAAUGAACUUCAGCGUCGUUGGCACGGGGGGUGUUGUCUUGCUCAGCACGCUGUACUAUAUCUUUGUCGCCAAGGGGACGUAUACCGGUCCUGUGGUGGAGGUCACAAAUAAUGUCAUUGGUAUUGCUAUUCUAGAUACAGCUUCUCUGAAGGAAACAUAUUAUAUUUAA